AAAGAGACAUUUUUAAUUUAAUUAUUUUCGCUCUUUCUCCAGAAACAUUCCGUUUCAGAUAUUUCUGGUUUUUGAAUUUGUUUUUCGCUCUCUCUGUCUCUCAGCUCGAUUAGAUCUGAUUCUGUGAGCAUACGUUUUUAAUUCGUUGCUUUACGCCGGAGGAGGAGGAGUUAUUCGUCGCCGUUUCGAAAAUGCCGGCGACUGAUGCUGAGUACGAUCUCAAGGUUUUAUCUCAGUCUGCGACGGGGGAUUACACAUUUGCGAAUGUGGAUAAUUUGGAGCAUUGUACGAAGUAUUUGAAUCAGACAAUGGUUACAUUUGGAUUUCCCGCCUCACUCGAUCUGUUUUCAAAUGAUCCGGUUUCUAUCUCAAGGACCUGCAAUUGUAUGUACUCGUUGCUUCAGCAGCGACAGCGUGAUAUAGAGUUUAGAGAAUCUGCUAACGAGCAGAGACAGAGACAACAAUCGGAUAUAGCUAGACUCGAAGCUAAAGUUGAGAGGCUUGAAGCGCAACUUCAACAGAAGGACAGGGAAAUUGCUACAAUUACCAGAACAGAAGCCAAAAACACUGCAGCUUUGAAGUCUCAGAUUGAAAAGCUACAGCAGGAGAGGGAUGAAUUCCAAAGGAUGGUGAUUGGUAACCAGCAAGUCAAAGCUCAACAGAUUCACGAAAUGAAGAAAAAGGAAAAGGAUUACAUUAAGUUGCAGGAACGGCUGAAUCAAGUAUUAAUGGAGAAAAAGAAAGAAUCAAGAUCUGGAAUGGAGAUUAUGAAUCUGCUACAGAAAGAAGGGAGGCAGCGUGGAACCUGGAAUGGCAAGAAGACUGAUACUGACUUCUACAAAAAGAUAGUGGAUGCAUAUGAAGCAAAAAAUCAAGAAUUAAUGGCUGAGAACACUAAUCUAAGAGCAUUACUUCGAUCCAUGCAGAUGGAUAUGCGUGAUUUCCUAAAUGCUCCAAACGGGUCAGCUAAUCCUUCAUUGGCUGGCAGUGACAAACGUGAAGCUGAUCCUUCACAAUCUCCACUGGGUGGGAAGACGGACGUCUUUGAUCUACCUUUCCGGAUGGCUAGAGGUCAGAUUGAAGAAAGCUUGCGCACUAAGAUGGCUUCUAUAAAGGAACGCAUGGUCCAGAUAGAAGAUGCACCUAAAGGAGCAUCUGUUACAUCUGAAGCAACAGAGAGAGAGCUUGAACUCGAAGCUCAGCUUGUUGAGGCAAGAAGUAUAAUCCAAGAACAGGAGUCCAUAAUGUCGAAACAUCUCCCUAAAUCAGAGCAGCGAAGGGAUUCCGUAGUUUCAUUGGCAGCUGAGGGAGUAUGAAAAAGCCUAAAAGCAAUGGAUCCAAGAUGAAAGAUUUGUUGCAAAAUGUAGUCGUAGUAUUGGGUAUUCACCAUCACCGAACCUCUCCUUCGAUAUCUAAGCUAUGUGUAUAUUCAGCUUUUAGUUGUGUCGCAUCAGGGAGCCACUCUCCUUUCUUUGGAUAUUAAAAUCUUAUUAUAUAUAUGAUCAAGGCUUAUGAUGGAUUGUUUAGUGUUCAAAAUU